GAUUCGGUUCGUCUCGUCACUUUUGUUGCAUUUCCCGGCAUCGCACGUGGUUUUUUCGUUUGUUUUGCUGACCGUGUUGGAAAAAUUCACGUAGAAAAAUAUGGGAAAACCAAAAUUGGGCAAAAGAAAACACCCGAAAAAGGUGGAAGUGGAAGAGAAGGAAGAUGAAGUGAAUAUGUUGCCACCGUCAAGGAAAUCCGAUGAACCAAUUCCCAAAAAGGAUCGAUGGAUCAACAGGCAGCGUGUUCUGGUUCUCGCAUCCCGUGGAAUCAAUCACAGAGAUCGUCAUCUGAUGCGUGACAUCAAGACACUGAUGCCCCAUCAUCGGGAAGAGUCAAAAAUGGAACGAAGUAAAACCCUCGGAGUGCUCAAUGAGAUGUGCACGAUGAAGCACUGCAACAAGGCAAUCCUCUUCGAGGGACGCCGCAAAAUGGAUCUCUACAUGUGGAUUGCCAAUGUUCCCGAGGGGCCGAGUGUGAAGUUUUUCGUGGAGAACGUCCACACAAUGGGAGAGCUGAAGAUGACGGGGAAUUGUCUAAAAGGCUCACGGCCACUUCUCUCAUUUGAUCCCAACUUCAGCCAAUUGCCUCACCUUAAGCUCUUGCGGGAAUUGCUGACACAGAUAUUUGGGGUACCAAACUUCCAUCCCAAGAGUCAACCAUUUGUCGAUCAUGUGUACACUUUUGCCUACAUGGACAAGCGGAUUUGGUUCAGAAACUUCCAGAUUUUGUCCGAGGAUGGGGCACUCGUUGAAAUUGGGCCACGUUUUGUCCUCAAUCCCGUCAAAAUCUUCGAUGGAUCAUUCGGAGGUGUUGCUCUGUGGGAGAAUCCCGACUACGUGAGCCCAGCGAGGUAUCGUCAGAUGAUUCGGAAGCAAGCCAGUACGCGGUAUGAAAAUAGAAUUGGACAGAAACUCACGAGGGAGGCAAAGAGACCCGAAAAAGCCUACAAAGCCGAUGAGACAGAUGAAGUUUACUGCGUGAAUCCCACGAAGAAGGCCACCAUGAUUGCUAGCCAAGAGAACGAAGAAUCCAGCGAUGAUAGCUCAGAAGAUGAAGAGGAUGUGGAACAAAAUGAUGAAAAUGAAGAAAUUGAUGAAUCUUCCGAUGAAGAUAGUUCAGAUUAAAAUUUCUUUGGAUAAAAAAA